AUGCGGCUUAGUCAGUAUUUAUAUCUGAUUAAGCUAGCUAAUCCGGGUAUAGUAACUGCAUUGGAAACAGAGAACAAUGAUGAUGGUAUUGUCCGAUUCAAGUACUGUUUCCUUGCAUUUGGGGCGUCGAUACAGGGAUUCAGGAAAGUGAGGCGUGUGCUAGUGUUGGAUGGAACUCAUUUGACAGGAAGGUACAAAGGCGUUUUGAUGACUUGUUGUGGACAAGAUGCAAAUUUCCAAGUGUUCCCAAUGGCAUUUGCUGUGGUUGAUAGUGAAAAUGAUGCUGCCUGGACCUGGUUCCUAGUAAAUGUAGCUCGUUUGAUUGCGGACAGUAAAUGUCUUAGUAUUAUCUCUGAUCGUUGCCCUUCAAUCUAUGUUGCAAAGAGGAAAGUAUUUCCAUUGGCUCAUCAUGGCUGUUGCAUUGUUCACCUGGAGCGAAAUGUUGUUUCUAGGUUUAAGAGCAAAGGUUUCGUUAAGAUGGUUGGUUCAGCGGCAUUUUGUUAUAAACUUGGAGCUUACAAGGAGGUUAUGAGUAUUAUCCGUAUAAAGAGUCCAGCGUGCGCAAAGUACCUUGAUAGUAUAGGUCCUGCUCACUGGAGUAGAGCUUAUUUUAGCGGGAACCGAUAUAACCUAAUGACUAGCAAUGGCUGUGAGCAACUUAACAACGCGUUGAAGAAAGGCAGAUCUUCACCAAUAGUGGAGUUGUUGCAGUUUAUUCAAGAUGAGUAG